AUGUUGCGUGCAACAGCAAUUCUUCCCUUGGCAUGCGCCACCGUCGCCUUUAUAUUGUCCAUGUUGGUGCUGUUCGCAGGCGACUCCCCGAAAAUUCUUCCAUCAGUCGAAUUAUUGAGAUUAAAUACCUCCCAAGUUGGCCAGGGCUUAAACCUCUUGGGCGACUCAGAAUCAUCUGAUAGGGGCGGCCUAGGCGGCUUGUUCGACAAGGGAAAAGAUGCACUUCAGGAUGUUGGAAAUGAUGCCAUCGACGCAGCGAGUAGUGCCGUGACUGAUGCUCUUGACAUCAAGGACUUUUACUCGGCUCAUCUGAUGACGUUCUGUGAGGGUGACUUUAAGCCUAAUGCUAAAGACCCGAAAGCGGAGGAAGAGGUGACAGCUUGCUCGAAGCGCAAAGCAUUCUACACUUUUGAUCCAACAGAAAUCAUCGAAUCCAAGCUACCAGAGGGCCUCGGCCUAUCGGAUAUCAAAUGGCCAGAUGAGAUCACCAACGGGGUGAGAGCCAUCAAUAUGGCUUCAAGGGCAAUGUUCUUCUUCUACCUCAUCGGCAUCGCCGCAGCUGGCAUCGGCAUGAUCGGGGCAGUCUUCGGACUUCUGGCCUACGAGCAUAAGGUUGCAUUGGCCAAUCUUGGGGUCAACUCUCUUGGCUUUAUCUGUCUCGGUCUUGCCUCGGCGAUCGCAACAGUCGUCAUCUUCCGCGCUACACAGGCAGUAAACGACUUUGGUGGAGACAUUGGACUAGCGGCAGAUCGAGGUACCGCGUUCUUGGGUAUGACAUGGACAGCCACCAUCCUAAUGCUUCUCGCAACCAUCGGUUGGGUUGGCGAAUUCAUGAUGGGUCGCCGCCGGAGCGUUUACAAGGAAGAAAGCUAUUACUGA